AUGGAUCAGAAGUUGUGGUCUCUGCCGGUAAAACGGGUUCCAGUUGCACAGAAGGUGGAUCGAUCCGUGAUAUGGAAUAAUGCCUGCCUGUGCUAUGAGCAGAAGUUGUUUGGUCAGGUGACUUGUGUGAGGUACAACAAUACUGGGACGGCCGUCGGAUGUACCUCGACAAAUCAACUCACAAUCCUACGAGUUCCUCAGACAGAAGGUGUGAUUACGAAUGAGCAGCGAGAAAAAAAAUGUUUCUCUCUUCGGUUUCGGGAUGAUGACAAAAUGGUUCUACUCUCUGUUAACCAGCGUGUGAUUGCUAGAUCCACGCAAACUGCUUUUGAGCGGCAAUUUUCGGGUCAUCUUAGAGAAGUUAGGGACGCGAUAUUUCUGGACCGACACAAUUUUGUCUCGGCUAGCGAUGACACGACUAUACGGCUUUGGGAUAUUAUGAAUGAAAAUGAGUUACUUAUCUCCAAAACGCAUACAGAUUAUGUUCGGUGUCUUGAGAACUAUUCGCCAGGCUGUUUUUUUAGUGGUUCAUACGAUCACAAUGUUAACUUGUGGGACACACGAGUUGGCUUUGAGCACCCAAUUCAAUCCAGUGGGCGCAGUAUCGGGAGUCCUGUAGAGGCAAUGCUCCACACGCACAACAACAUAUUGACAUGUAGUGCAGGAGAUCAAUUAAUAUUGUUUGACAUGCGUAAAGGCCUUUCCACAAUGUUGUUGCAGGAAUCACACCAUACAAAAGCGGUGGUAUCCCUUGCGUUUUCGAAAAGAAAUAAUGUUCUUUUGACAGGAUCGCUGGAUCAACGCGUGAAGAUUUUCUCUUUGGAGAAGGGGGGACUGGAGCCUCUAGCGGGUAAGAAGUUUGAUGCACCAGUGACUGCCGUGACGGUUCAUCCAAAUUUAUCCGAGUUUGCUGUUGGCACUGCGGGGGGAGAUCUUCGUAUAAUGAGGCUUGGAGACGCUUUGGACCAGAACGAGAAAGAAGAAGAAGUGGAGUUGGUGGAGGAUGAACUCGGAGGAAAAGAUAAAAAUACACAGGAUGAUUUUUUGGGUACAAAGCUACAUGAUGUUCGACAGCAGCUUGUGUCGUAUCAGUACAAUCGUGCAAUAAAGACAGCGCUGUAUUCUCGUAGCUCGGACGUUAUUGUUUCUACGCUGGAGGAGCUUAUUCGUCGUGGUGCUUUACAUGUGGCACUGAGUGGUCAAAACGACCGAACAAUUGUGCGCAUUCUUCGGUUUUCGGUAAACCACGUUGAUUCCCCUCAUUUUUGUGAAUCAAUGAUGAUUGUGAUGGAUGUCAUCUUUGAAAUUUACGCGACGUGUGCCGGAAAGAGUAACUUCCUUCACAGGGAAAUGAUGAUUGCACGCCGGCGUUUGGGAUCUGUUCUCGCGACCCUUCAGCGCAUGGAACAUACUUUAAGCAUAAUGGAGCUAAUAGUAAACGACGUUUAA